CGGUGUGUUCAUUAUUCUUGACUUCAAACAAAACGAACUCUGCAACUCUCCAUCUCAAAACAAAUUAAUAAAAUAAAACUUCAAAAAUCUCUCACAUCACCGAUUACCGAAUCAUCACCGUUCAUCAACCUCUAGAUCUGCAUUUCCAACCUCCAUCCGCCGUCGGUUACCGGAGACAAGGGGUUGUUGGACUAAUAUUUGAGGCGCCGAUCAACUGGAUCAGAGAUGCCGGUGGCUGCUUCCGCCAUCUACUUCUUGAAUCUUCGAGGCGAUGUCCUUAUCAAUCGCCUCUAUCGCGACGAUGUCGGUUUGCUUUUGAGAUAUUCAAUGAGGCGUGAACAUUCUCAAUUUCGUGUCUUCAAAAGGAAUCGAACCUCCAAGGCUCCACUGCAACGUUUUGAAUCAUACAAGGCUAUCUUUUCCCCUCCAAAGAAUAUCCAGAUGGAAAUAUGGUGGAUGCCUUCCGUUUGCAUAUAAUGCAAACGAAAGAACUCGGUACAUGUCCGGUGCGGCAGAUUGGAGGUUGCUCUUUUUUUUAUAUGAGAAUUAGCAAUGUCUACAUUGUGAUUGUUGUCAGUAGCAACGCUAAUGUAGCUUGUGCAUUCAAGUUUGUUGUUGAGGCUGUUGCGUUGUUCAAAUCGUACUUCGGUGGGGCUUUUGAUGAAGAUGCCAUCAGAAAUAAUUUUGUUUUGAUUUAUGAGCUGCUGGAUGAAAUCAUGGACUUUGGUUACCCACAAAAUCUUUCUCCUGAGAUUUUAAAGCUUUACAUCACUCAAGAAGGAGUGCGCUCACCCUUUUCAUCCAAGCCUACAGACAUACCUGUCCCCAAUGCAACUUUACAAGUCACCGGUGCUGUUGGUUGGCGCAGAGAAGGCCUUGUUUAUAAGAAGAAUGAGGUUUUUCUGGAUAUUGUGGAAAGUGUAAACCUUCUUAUGUCUUCAAAAGGUAAUGGUCUGCGAUGUGAUGUAACGGGGAAGAUCCUUAUGAAGUGCUUCCUCUCCGGAAUGCCUGAUUUGAAGCUGGGUUUAAAUGAUAAAAUUGGCCUCGAGAAAGAGUCACAACUGAAAUCCCGUGCUACUAAAAGUGGCAAAACAAUUGAGCUUGAUGAUGUUACAUUCCAUCAAUGUGUAAAUUUGACAAGGUUUAACUCAGAGAAGACUGUUAGUUUUGUUCCACCAGAUGGUGAAUUUGAAUUGAUGAAGUAUCGAAUUACUGAAGGGGUUAAUCUUCCAUUUCGGGUAUUGCCGACAAUCAAGGAACUGGGUCGAACUCGCAUGGAAGUGAAUGUCAAGGUUAAGAGUGUCUAUGGUGCAAAAAUGUUUGCACUUGGGGUUGUCAUCAAAAUUCCUGUUCCAAAACAAACUGCUAAAACAAGUUUCCAAGUUACAUCUGGUCGAGCGAAGUACAAUGCUGCGAUUGAUUGCAUAGUUUGGAAGAUAAGAAAAUUUCCUGGACAAACUGAGCCAACCAUGAGCGCAGAAGUUGAGCUGAUAUCCACAAUGGCAGAAAAGAAGUCUUGGACGAGGCCUCCAAUUCAGAUGGAGUUCCAGGUUCCGAUGUUUACAGCAUCUGGUUUACGCGUUCGUUUUCUAAAGGUAUGGGAGAAAAGUGGGUACAACACAGUUGAUUGGGUUCGUUAUAUUACUAAAGCAGGCUCAUAUGAGAUUAGGUGCUAGAAGUUUUGGAAUGCUGUUGUGAGACAGAGGACUUUGCGGGGAGAUGAUAUCAUUUGCUAGUUAUUCUAGCCAAUUUGAAAUGAAAUCACUGCUUCAUUAGCCUUGUCAACAACUGUGAUUGAGCCUCCUUUUCCCUUUGAAAUGAGGCCGCUGAUUUCCUUGAUUCAUUUUUAGUUGUCAAUAUUCUAUUAUUUGGAGUGAGCAGUGGUUUUGCUGUAAAGGCUUGGCCCUUUUGACAAAACUGCAAGACAAGUUUUCUAAUCACGCUCAACUGUAUGUAGCGUUUUGCCACUGUCUCUGAUUAUAAUUGAUAUAAUAUUAGUGGUCCCAGAUUAUUAUUUUUUGAAAAUGUACAUAUAAGUGCAUUUUUGACAGACAAAUGACCAAAGCUAAUUUUUUUCAA